UGCGCAGUACAAACAGUGUCGGCGUGAACCCUACGUUGUGGAGUUGGUAACCAGAGGGAUUUAUUUGGAGUAACUGUCCAGCAUUGACUGGACUCUCAGGUGUGUCGUGUUUUGGAGUGUCUGACUCCAUCGCCUUGUAAAGAUGGAUUUCCAGCAUCGAGCUGGAGGGAAGACGGGGAGCGGUGGGGUGGCGUCUGCCUCUGAGAGUAACCGUGACAGACGAGAACGGUUACGUCAGCUGGCCCUGGAGACCAUUGACAUCAAUAAAGAUCCCUACUUUAUGAAAAAUCAUUUAGGAUCAUAUGAGUGCAAACUUUGCCUGACACUUCAUAACAAUGAGGGCAGCUACUUGGCUCACACACAAGGAAAGAAACAUCAAACCAACUUAGCACGGAGAGCAGCCAAAGAGGCAAAAGAAGCUCCUGCUCAGCCAGCUCCAGCUAAAGUGAAGGUUGAGGUCAAGAAGUUUGUCAAAAUUGGUCGACCAGGAUACAAAGUAACCAAACAAAGGGACCCAGAGACCGGGCAGCAGUCUUUACUUUUUCAGAUUGACUACCCAGAGAUUGCUGAAGGUAUUGGACCCAGGCAUCGUUUCAUGUCUGCGUAUGAACAGCGCAUCGAGCCCCCUGAUCGUCGCUGGCAGUACUUGCUGCUGGCUGCUGAGCCAUAUGAAACUAUUGCCUUCAAGGUCCCCAGUCGAGAAAUUGAUAAAGCAGAGAACCGCUUCUGGACCCACUGGAACAGAGAAACGAAACAGUUCUUCCUGCAGUUCCAUUUCAAAAUGGAGAAAGCUCUUCCACAGUCCAGUGGGCCAGCGCCUCCCGUAGGUGUGAAGCGCCCCCCUCCUCUCAUGAGUGCUCCUCGCCCACCGAAUGAGAGUAUGCCUCCUCCCCCACCAGGAGGGAUGUCUGUUCCACCUCUUCCCCCUGGUGCGCCAGGUACCCCUCAGAUGCCCCCUCAGAUGCCCAUGCCACCAAUGCCGAUGAGGCCGCCACCUCCCGAUGGCCUUAUGUCUAACAAUUGAUCCCCUUAUAAUGCUUUCUUUCAUGGUGUCCAGUCACACUGCCCUACCUGUCUAAAAUGUCCAUCUCGCUUCAAUCUAUGUCUAAACUCCAUAUUGAGUAGAUUUUUACACAUUUUGUUUGGUUUAUGUAGAAUGAGUUGGGCAGCUUGUUUUUGCGACUGUAUAAAUAUGACAACACUGUUUUGUACAAUGUUAAGAUUCAGAAUACAGAGCUAUGCUUGAAAAGUAGCUCAUCUUUUAAGACUCUGUUUUUGUAAUUAAAUGCUGUGGAGAAAAACAUUUGCAUCUCAUAGUCUGGGCUCUUACAAAGACAUCACACACAUGAAGGUUUAUUGAUGUAUCCACUGAAGAUAAUGUGAAUGAGUCACAGCAGAGGAAACUGUUAAAGUGUCGAGCAACAUUGUAGACAUUUCUGAAAUAUUUAGGCUCAAAAUUAAUAUUGUGGAGAAGACAUGUU